AAUAUCUCCACACUUUACAAGAUGCGAUUCAGAUUAGGGCAGUAUUUCAACUUUGAAGGGCUAAAAUUCACACUAUCAGGUCUAUUCCAUCCUUCUCUCUACAGACCGCACUACCAGAUCUCCACAAUUUCAGAGAUAAACUUCUAUAAACUUCGCAAAAACGGCAUUAAAUACAUAGUUUUCGACAAGGAUAAUACUUUGACUCUUCCUUAUGAGAAGAAGUUCCAUCCAGCGAUCUUACCUUGCAUCACUGCCCUAGUCGAUCCAGCAAGUGCAGGGGCGGACAGCCCCAGCCCUUACCCGUACGGCAUAAAUAAACCCAGAUGUAUCGAGGAUAUCAGGAGGACUUUUAGUAAGAAUAAUGACGGCAUCAGAGACGAUGAGAUUUGUGUCAUUGGGGACCGCAUUUUCAUCGAUGUUAUCAUGGGUAAUUCAGGAGGAUUCUUAACAAUUCAUACCCAACCGUUCACUACAGAGGGAGAGAAUUUCCUUGUAAGAGGGUCAAGGAAGAUCGAGGAUUUGGUAGUAAAGCUGAUGAGUGGAACCCAAAAGGAAUUCCCAAAGUUUGAGAAGCUUAAGCAGAAAGGAACAUUCGAGGAGUUUAUCAUUCGGCCUGACAAAAAUGUGGUCUAAAGUUUCA